CCCCUGAGCUGGGUCUUGCACAGGCACCAGACACCUUCCCAUUUGAUUCUUUCCGAAGUAAGCCUCCUUGUCACCCUGAGCUCUCCCUUUCUGAAGCAGUCAUGCCUGUGGCAAAGAAUACCAAGGAACUCCAAGGAGCUGCUCCCCUCAAAUUGGACCUCAUGUCGUCUCCCAAAAGUACGAAGAAGCUGCAAAACAAGGACUCCAGUGUCUUGGAUGCAAGGUCUUCAGAAUCAGUGGAUUUGGAGAAGACCCAGGGCAUAACAGGGUUCCAGACCUUGGUUCACCUGGUGAAAGGCAACAUGGGCACAGGGAUCCUGGGACUACCCCUGGCUGUGAAGAACGCAGGCAUCCUGAUGGGCCCGCUCAGUUUGCUGGUGAUGGGCUUCAUCGCCUGCCACUGUAUGCAUAUCUUGGUCAGGUGUGCCCGGCAUUUCUGUCACAGGCUUAACAAGCCCUUUAUGGACUAUGGGGACACAGUGAUGCACGGACUAGAAGCCAGCCCCAGCACCUGGCUCCAAACCCAUGCCCACUGGGGAAGGCAUAUGGUGAGCUUCUUCCUUAUUAUCACCCAACUGGGCUUCUGCUGUGUGUACAUUGUGUUUCUGGCUGAUAAUUUAAAACAGGUCGUGGAAGCUGUUAAUGGCACAACCAACAACUGCUAUAACAAUGAGACAGUGAUUCCAACACCCACCAUGGAUUCACGACUCUACAUGCUGGCCUUCCUGCCCCUCCUGGUGCUGCUGGUCCUCAUCCGGAACCUCCGCAUCCUGACCAUCUUCUCCAUGUUGGCCAAUAUCAGCAUGCUGGUCAGCUUGAUUAUCAUCGCCCAGUACAUCGCUCAGGGAAUUCCAGACCCCAGCCAACUGCCACUGGUGGCAAGCUGGAAGACCUACCCUCUCUUCUUUGGAACAGCCAUUUUUUCAUUUGAAAGCAUCGGCGUGGUCCUGCCUCUGGAAAACAAGAUGAGGGAUGCCCGCCGCUUUCCAGCCAUCCUGUCUUUGGGGAUGUCCAUCAUCACUGCCCUGUACAUCAGCAUCGGGGCUCUGGGCUACCUGCGGUUUGGAGAUGACAUCAAGGCCAGCAUAACCCUUAACCUGCCCAACUGCUGGCUAUACCAGUCGGUCAAGCUCCUCUACAUCAUUGGAAUCCUGUGCACCUACGCCCUGCAGUUCUACGUCCCUGUGGAAAUCAUCAUCCCCUUUACUGUCUCCCGGGUGUCGAAGCGCUGGACACUGCCUGUGGACCUGUCCAUCCGCCUUGCCCUGGUCUGCCUGACUUGCAUCUUGGCCAUCCUCAUCCCCCGCCUGGACCUGGUCCUCUCCCUGGUGGGCUCCGUGAGCAGCAGCGCCCUGGCCCUCAUCAUCCCCCCAAUGCUGGAGAUCACCACCUACUACUCAGAGGGCAUGAGCCCCCUCACCAUCGCCAAGGACGCCCUCAUCAGCAUCCUGGGCUUCGUGGGCUUCCUGGUGGGGACUUACCAGGCCCUCGAUGAGCUAAUCAAAUCUGAAGAUUCUCUCGCCUUUUCCAACUCCACCUUUUUUAUUCUGUGAGAGUACCACUGCUCCUCACUCACCAGACCGUGCCUCAAAAUGCUAUGGAUCUUUUUUUACAUGGAGUAUCUUUAUGUUUCUGUUUUGCCUUUUCUCUGGGCAAAGUCACAGUAAAACAAGGAAGAACUCAGCAGCUACGAGAUCUAAAUGGUGAUUUUAAAAAAUUAUCGUUUUUGUUGUUUGUUUCUUUUUCAUCUCCCCUUCUAGCUUUCUAGUAUGUUUAGAACUCCAUUGAAGGUUCUGGAUUCUACCAGAAUUCUCUUGGUGAGGUUCACACCUUGAGUGGAGUUAUGCAGGAAGAAGCCAUGUGGGGUCUCCGAAUGGCAGCAACUUGCAGAAGGAGGUGCCAUGAGUUAAGGUUGACCAUACUUUGGUAGACAAAGGUUUUCACUUUUCCUGAUCAGUUCAAAGAGUAGACUCUGAGUGGGGACAUAGCACACAACUCAGCAGGGUAUGCAGAACUCCAGCAUUGGAGGCCAAGAUAACCAAUGUGAGCUACAAUUCUCAGAAGAGCACCAUCCGUAUUAAAGUUAAGGACAACCAACUUUCCAAGCCACUAGAUAAAAUUUUACAUGGAAGAGAAGAACAGAUGUAGAUGUUCCAGGAGAUGGGGGUGGUAGACACAGGCAGCAUUUGAAUAGACUUCACCUCUUAAUUCUUGCAGUAAACAUUCUUGAUGACCUACUAUGUGCCAAGCAUAAUGCAAGAUUCUGAUAGUGAAUUGGGAAAAUGGCCAUAAAUUCCUCUUGAUCAAGUGGACUUUCAGCCCUCUAUCAAGAGGUGAAGUAUAUCUCCAUCCCUUGUAUAUGAUCUUGACCUUUUAACUUGCUUUGGCAAAUGGGACAUCAGUAAAUGUGACACAAGCAGAGGUUUGGUGAUGACUUAUGCAGUCUUACUGUUGUAUGGAGCUGAGUCCAUCAAGUAAAAAGAGGGCCAGCCUACUGGAGAAGAAGAGGCCAUGUGGAACAGAAAAGAAUCAGCCCAGUUGAACUCUUUCCCCCAGAUCAACAGGUUGUCAACCUCAAGACACAUGAGGGAAGUCAUCCUGGACCACAUCCAGCUCCAGUAAUAAGACAGUAAGAAUUGUGUGGACAGGGGCUGGAGGUGUAGCUCAAUGGUAUAGCACAGGCUAAGCAUGAACAAAACAAAAAAAAAACAAAAACAAAAAACAAAUUGUACAGAUGAUCUGUGGAAUUGUGAG